AUGCGCUCAGAGACUCUAUGUCAUGAUUCGCAUGCACCGGGGCAUUCUGGCCCAGAAGCUCUAGCCAUCGUAGGAAUGGCCAUGCGUCUUCCGGGUGGAAUAAACAACGCCAAAGACUUCUGGGACUUUCUCAUCAACAAGAGAGAUGGUCACUGCACUGUACCUGACUCACGAUACAACGUCGAGGCUUUUUAUCAUCCGGCAAGGUCAGGGUCGGUGCGAACUCAGAGCGGUUACUUUCUUCAGGAAGAUCCAGCGUAUUUUGAUAAUCAGUUCUUCUCGUUGACGCCGUAUGAAGCAUCACGAUUAGAUCCGCAGCAAAGGUUGCUGCUUGAAGUAAUCUAUGAAUGCAUGGAAACUGGUGGACAGGUGGGCUGGCGGGGCCAGGGGAGGAAUAUUGGCUGCUUCGUGGGCGUGUUUGGAGAGGACUGGUAUGAUUUGCAAACAAAAGACACGCAAAGGAUUGACCGGUAUCAUGUUCUGGGCACGGGCAACUUUGCGCUUUCCAACCGUAUCUCGUAUGAGUUUGACUUCACCGGGCCAAGUAUGACCUUGGCAACAGGAUGCUCGGCGUCGAUGGUUGGGCUCCAUGAGGCAUGCCAGGCUGUGCUAGCUGGAGAUUGUGAGUCGGCUGUUGUCGCUGGCACUAAUCUCAUUCUCACUCCAACGAUGACAACAACCAUGUCCGACAACCUUGUCCUAUCGCCCACCGGAAUUUGUCGCACCUUCGAUGCUGGUGCGGAUGGUUAUGGUCGAGGUGAGGGGGUAAACGCGGUCUAUGUCAAACGCCUUGCAGACGCUGUGCGUGAUGGAGACCCUAUUCGAGCCGUCAUUCGGGCAACCGCAACAAAUUGCGAUGGAAGAACUCCGGGAAUUACUACACCUGGAUCGGCCACACAGAUGCAGCUCAUCCAAAAGGCGUACCAACGGGCCCAGAUUCAAGAUAUCACCAACACAGGAUUUUUCGAAUGUCAUGGCACAGGCACAGUGGCGGGGGAUACCGCGGAGACGUCUGUAGUAGCAGAGAUUUUUCGCGACACGGGCGUACUUAUUGGAUCUGUGAAACCAAAUGUGGGGCAUUCAGAGGGAGCAUCAGGAAUUACCAGCAUUAUCAAGACCGUUCUUGCUCUGGAAAAACGAACAAUCCCGCCGAAUAUUUUCUUCGAGUCGCCAAAUUCCGGGAUCCCUUUCAAGGAGUGCAAGCUAGAGGUACCUAUCGAAGCCAUGCAAUGGCCAGAGCAUAAAGCACUCAGAGCAAGUGUAAAUUGCUUUGGUAUUGGAGGUGCCAAUGCCCAUGCAAUUCUGGAGCCUGGUUUUGAUCAUGGAGCUGAGCGUGACCAAAGGUCCAGUGAGCUCGUCAAAAAGUUGAUUGUUGUUUCUGCUGGAAGUGCAAAAGCUCUCUCGACAAGAGUCAAUGACCUGACGAAUUUCAUGCAGACUGCGGGAAAAACUUUGAAUGACAUUGCCUAUACUCUGGGUUCAAGAAGGGAACGUCUGAAGCACCGGAACUUUGGAAUAGCUUCUACAAAUGUCGACGCCGAGUUCCAGGAGCAGGCUGUUGAAGCUUCGUGUGUUCCAGAAGUUGUUCUGGUCUUCACGGGGCAAGGUGCGCAGUGGGCGGGUAUGGCUCGCGAGUUGCUUGAAAGCUCUGAGGAUUUCAGAAAUGACAUUCAGGCUAUGGACAAAGUCUUGCAAUCCGCAAAUCCGGCCCCAUCCUGGUCCAUAGCGGAAUCUCUUUUGGCACCGAAGGCUCAAUCACAGAUCGAUGAUCCCCGACUAUCCCAGCCAGUAUGUGUGGCAAUCCAGAUUGCUUUGACAAACCUACUUCAGAAAUGGGGGAUUCUGUUCUCUGCCGUUGUAGGGCAUUCCAGUGGAGAGAUCGCGGCAGCCUACGCUGCCAAAGCUAUCUCCCUUCGCAGUGCUAUCCUGAUCGCAUACCAUCGUGGACGACUCACUCAGCACGUGGAUGAUGGAUCUAUGGCAGCGAUUGGUCUCUCGGGGAUUGAAGUGAAACCUUGGUUGGUGGAGGGCGCCGUGGUUGCUUGCGAAAAUAGCCCCUCAAGUACAACCAUUGCUGGAGAGACAAUCUCGGUGUCUCAAACCAUAGACAGGAUUCGGGAGGCAUAUCCAGAUGCUUUCUGCCGCAUGCUGAGAGUGACUAAAGCAUAUCAUUCUCCGAAGAUGCAGUCAAUGGCUGCAGAUUAUUCUGCAAUCAUCGCACCCGAGAUCAAAGCCUCAAGCAACAUGGCACCCAUGUAUUCAACCGUGACCGGAGAGAAGAUUAUUGACCCAGCCAAGCUGGACAGUACUUACUGGAGUCGCAAUCUCGUCUCUACUGUUGAGUUCAACAAGGCAAUUAAGGUUAUUCUCCAGUCAAAACCCGAUCAAGAUCGUGUCUUUAUCGAGCUUGGGCCUCACAGUGUGCUCCAAGGGCCAUUGCGUCAAAUCUUUGACUCUACUAAGGUGAAAGGCCACAGCUGGUAUAUUCCAACCUUGAUUCGGAGCCAAAGUGCAGAAGAUUCGCUUCUCAGAGCUGCUGGAAUGGCAUUCACUCGAGGAGUUGAUGUUAACCUCCUUGCAAUCAACGGCCCCGGUAGGGUGGUUGAUUGUCUUCCACGCUACCCAUGGCAACACACCGAGCGUCACUGGAGUGAAAGUCGCAUCAGCGAGAGUUGGCGACACCGAAAAUUUCCCCAUCAUGAGCUUCUCGGGUCCAGAGUAUUGGAGACCACGCCAUUGCAACCUUCUUGGAGAAAUCUGCUUCAAAUUCACAACUGCCCCUGGCUGGGGCAUCACAAGCUGUUCAGGGAUACUGUGUUUCCCUGUGCCGGGUAUGUUGCCAUGGUCGGAGAAGCCAUACGACAACAUUGUCAUUGUGAAGGCUAUGAGAUUCGGAACCUUAUUUUGAAGAAGCCACUCUUCCUUCAAGAAACAAACGCCACUGAGAUUAUCACCUCGCUAAGACCUGAGCGACUGAGCGACAUCGCUGACUCGGAGUGGUUUGAGUUCGUUGUACUUGCCUUGGAUGGCUCUGAAUGGGGCACGUAUUGCCAGGGUCAGAUACGUCCAAUCAAUGAGGCAGGCCUACCUCAGAUAAGCAAGCAGCCACGCUGGACACGAACCGUUGAGUCAAGAGAUUGGUAUCAGUUCAUGGCCCGCUUAGGGCUCAAUUAUGGAAGUACUUUCCAGCGGAUGAGUGAUAUUACUGUCGAUCCAGUAGAUCACCUUGCAAAUGCAACCUUGACCGAGGACAGUAAGGACUCCGGGGACUCCUACCUAGUGCAUCCGACUGUGAUUGACCAAGGCCUUCAACUUUUGUCCGUCGCCAUGGCCAAUGGGAUUCAGAGACGGGCUAGCUCACUCGCCAUUCCGGCUUGGGUCGAUCGGAUCUUCGUAAGUAAGGCCGAGGGAGAUAUUUGGUGUCAAGCAAACAGCGACGGUGACGUGGCUUCGACCGUGCUCUCUGGAGAUAUCAGCAUGUUCAGCCAUAAAGGACCCGCGCUUGUGGUGACCGGCGCAAACUUUUUCUCUCUGGCAAAUGAUGAGGUAGACGAAGAAAGCACUAUCCCUCUCUUGUCACAGAUAGACUGGGCACCAUGCUUGGACCUGGUCUCCCCUUCGAACUGGCUUCCUUUCAAAUCAGAAGAGAGGGGCGUCUCAUUGGUGUCAGAAAUUACUUGCUUUUACAUCCUUGAAGCAGCCUUGCAGAUUCAAGAUGUGACUCCCGCGACUGAACAUCUGAAGAAAUACCAUUCUUGGUUACAAAGAACCCAUGAGCAGAUGUUGAGUGGAACGGCUCAACCUUUCCUUCAAAUCCCAUGGCAUAAUAUGGACAAGAUCUCACGUUUCACUCGAGCUGCCGAGAUCCGUGAGCACCUGAAAGCUUUGGGGCGAGGUGUGGACAAAGUGGAAGAGCUCCUCAGACCCGUGUUCGAAAAUUGCAUCGAAAUCAUAGAGGGACGCAUUCCUGCUCUGGAGGUUUUGACUAUGGAUCACCUGCGCAAUAUGUAUGAUUUUGUCAGCUCUCUGUCAGAUUGGACACCAUUCCUCAAGCAAGUCGGUCACUGGAACCCUCGGGUUAGAAUUCUCGAGAUCGGAGCUGGCACGGGGGCCACUUGUGCACAGGUUCUCGACUCAAUGCGAUCAACUGAAGGGAAGAGGAUGUUUGCCAGUUACACAUUUACUGACAUAUCUCCGGCUUUCCUUUCGGCUGCAGCGGACCGGUUUAGUCAACACGACAGUGUUAGUUUUCAACUACUGGAUAUCACCAAGGACCCUCUCCAGCAGGGAUUUACGCCGGCUUCUUACGACCUGAUCUUUGCGUCGAAUGUGAUUCAUGCCACACCAUCUCUCUCAAGCUCAUUGGCAAAUCUUCACAAGCUCUUGGCACCGGGUGGAUUCCUUCUGCUUCAAGAGCUAUGCCCUGAGAAUCUGUAUACCGAUUUUAUAAUGGGAAUCCUACCCGACUGGUGGAACGGACAAGAGGAUGGACGAAUCGAUCGUCCCUACGUCAAGCCAGACAGAUGGCAUACUGAGCUCAUUCAGGCAGGUUUUACGGGUGCAAUGUGUGUCACACCUGAUAAUGCAUACCCAUUCCAGCAGAAUGCCAAUAUUAUCUCUCGGCGCCCGAUCGACUAUUUGCCCACGCAGCAUGUCACGCUUCUGUCAAAUGUCUCCCAAGGCAGCCUUGCGUGGGAUGAAGGCCUCGAGAAAGUGCUAAAGGACCAAGGUUAUACUGUGACUAGGGCUACCUUAGGGUCGCUGCCUACAGAUACAGGCUGCAUCAUCUCCCUGUUGGACCUAUCUGCACCUGCCCUGCAUGAUAUGGACGAGGCACGAUUUGAGCAGAUAAAACAGCUGUUUUCUCGAAGCUCAAACGUUCCCAUAAUCUAUCUUACACGAAGUGUACAAAUGGCCUGUGAGAACCCCCAAUUUGGUCUCGUCCUAGGGCUUUCUCGCACUCUGCGAAGAGAGAUAGUGGGAAAUAUCGUCACCGUGGAAAUUGAUGCUUUGAAUAAUGCAACAUGCCAAGCAGUUGUGGAUAUUUUCAAACGUACAAGACAGGCAAUUCCACAAGGAGCCCUUCGAGACGACGAAUAUGUAGUUCGAUCAGGCCAGGUGCAUGUGAGCCGCGUCAACUGGCGAUCCCUCCGAGAACAAAUGGAAGAGACGCCGGAUUCAGAUACACCUCGCCGCCUAUCUGUCCGCCGAUAUGGACUUCUUGAUAGUCUAUUCUGGGAAGCCAGUGUGAACUCUGAAGCUCCACUGGGGCCUACGGAGCUUGAACUCGAUGUGCAUUGUGUUGGUCUUAAUUUCCGGGAUCUUAUGAUUGCACUUGGUGUGAUGGGAGAGUCGAGCCAAUCUGGAAUUGAAGCCAGUGCUACCGUGCGCAGAGUCGGCGCCAAGGUCACUAGAUUCGAGCCUGGGAACCGAGUGGUGGUCUGUAACAAAGGUCUCUUUCGGACACGAGCGCGCGCAGAUGAACAUGAGUGUAUCGAAAUCCCACCGGGGUUAUCUUUGCAGGAUGCUGCGACAAUUCCAGCAGUCUAUGCAACUGCGUUUUACUCGUUGAUCACAAUUGGGCAACUGCAGUCAAAUCAGACGGUUCUCAUUCAUUGUGCCACAGGAGGUGUGGGCUUAGCAGCUGUUCAAGUAUGCCAGGAAAUUGGCGCGACUAUAUACGCUACUGCAGGCUCACCAGAAAAACGCGGUUAUUUGCAUGCAGAGUAUGGAAUUCCCAUGGAGAACAUAUUUUCUUCUCGGGACGAUUCAUUCCAUCCAGGUGUGAUGAAAAGAACAGGCGGGGCCGGUGUUAACCUCGUCUUGAAUUCACUAGCCGGCAGCCUACUACAUGCCUCUUGGCAAUGCGUCGCCAGGUCAGGUAAAAUGAUUGAACUGGGAAAGCGAGAUUUCCUCGCCCACGGAAGUUUGAAUAUGGAUCUUUUCGGUGGAAACAGGUCAUUCUUUGGUGUUGACAUGCUGAGCAUUAUUGAAGAACAGCCAGAGUUAUCGCAACGUUUGAUGGUUCAAUUUGUCGACUGGUACAAGGGAAACAAAAUCCGGCCGAUUCGGCCGAUCAAAGUUUUCGAGGCGAGUGAGGUGGUUGAGGCCUUCAAAUACAUGCAGAGUGGAAGACACAUGGGCAAAAUUGUGAUUCAGAUGCCCAAGGGCGCGGACCAAUUAUCCUCAGGGCCUACCCAAAUCCCUGCAAAACUCGACACUACCAAGUCAUAUCUUCUAGUUGGCGGGCUCGGUGGAAUUGGACGUGCUGUGGCAAAUCGGCUUGUCGAAAAGGGUGCUCGGCACCUGAUAUUCCUCUCAAGAUCGGCAGGUCGGCUGCCAGAUCAUCGCCGCUUCGUUUGUGAGCUAGAGCGGCAGGGUUGUGAGGUCGAGAUGGUUUCUGGAGAUGUCUCUCAAUUGGAGGAUACCAUCAAAGCGCUGUCAAGAGCUGCAGGACGGGUCAUUGGAGGCGUGAUUCAAAUGUCCAUGGUGCUUCAAGAUGAGAGCCUUGCUAAAAUGAGCCACACUCAGUGGCUGCAAGCCAUAAAACCCAAGGUUGAUGGCACCUACAAUCUGCAUCGGGCGUUGAAAGAGCACGAAUCUGGCCUUGACUUUUUUGUUCUGUUCAGUUCCAUGUCUGGAGUAGUUGGCACCGUGGGUCAGUCAAACUAUGCGGCGGCUAACUCUUUCCUUGAUGCGUUCGUCACUUAUCGUCGUCAGCUUGGACGCGUCGCAUCCGUUGUGAACCUCGGCGUAGUAGAGGACAUCGGGUGCGUACAUCACGAUCAGCCCACGCUGAACCGCGUGAAGGCCACAGGCGCCCGCCUCAUUCGCCAGGAGGCUGUCAUGGAUGCACUUCAUGCGGCCAUUUUGCCUUUUAGAUCGCCACCAGAUACAGCCAACUUCACAUCAAGUGUAACGAUGAUUGGCGUGAACUCAAUCAAGCCUCUCUCCGCGCCUGGUGUGACACCUUUGUGGGGUCCUGAUAUUAGGUUUUCCAUGUAUGAGAAUCUUGAAGAACAUGGAAAGCGAGAGUCUCAAAUGGACCAGACAGAUUUGAAAGAGUUCUUUGGAAUGAUUGAGCAGAGUCCAGAUCUGCUCGAUGACCCUGCCACAGAGGUGCGCAUCAUGACCGAGCUCUGCAAGCUGAUCAACGCGCACAUGUCUCGCGAGGAGAGAGAAAACGAUGAUAUGGCCAGCAUCCCCAUUGAUUCAUUGAUGUCAAUCGAAAUUCGGAACUGGUUCCGCCGACAACUGGCAAUGGAGAUUAGCUUAACGGAGAUCUCGAAAGCAGGAACUGUUGGUGGACUGAGUCGUCUGUGUGUGACGACCCUUCAAGAGCGAUAUAAUGUGUCUAGCAAGAGCACAGAGGCCCAGAAAGAACAUAGUUGA